ACAGAUCAUUUCCGCUGCGAUUGUUGUAUUGACAUCCGUCUCGCAUUGUCAGAUUGUGAGCCUUGUCAGAGCUUACACCUGGACGGCCUUUAGUGCUUUUAUCCUCCGUGCAGCACAGUGUCUGUGUGAGGUGUGUGGCCCCGGUCGGCCCGGGGGGAGCGGCGUCGGAGCCGCUGAAAGCAGAUCAUGGCUGGGCUGCUCUGGGUGCUCCUCGGAGGGCUGCUGGAAGUCUGCUAUGGCAUCUCUGCAAACAGAGGAGGCUACCCUACUUUUACAGACGAAAUUCCCUUUAAAAUCACCUGGCCUGGAUCUGAAUUUACGCUGCCAACAUCAGGUGCAUUGUACAAUGAGGAGGACUAUGUUAUUAUGACAACCACAGAGCAGGAGAAGUACAAGUGUCUUUUGCCUUCUUUGAAGUCAGGAGAUGAGGACGAUGAGAAGGAGUACAAAGGACUGACUGCAGGUGAACUCCUGGAGCCAUUAUUCAAACGCAGCAGCUGUUCAUACAGGAUUGAGUCAUACUGGACCUAUGAAGUAUGUCAUGGCAAAUAUGUCAGACAGUAUCAUGAAGAGAAAGAAACUGGACAAAAGGUCAGUGUGCAGGAGUACUUCCUCGGCAAUAUGGUACAGAAGAGUCAGUCUACAGAAAAGCCUGAGGAGACUGAAAGUAAAAAAUCUGAAGACACAGAUGUGCCUACUAAGAACAUAGAGGGCCAACUGACCCCAUACUACUCUGUGGACAUGGGCAAUGGUACUCCUUGCACCCUGAAACAGAACCUGCCCCGUUCUACAUCAGUGCUUUAUGUGUGUCACCCUGAGGCCAAACACGAGAUCUUAUCUGUGGCUGAGGUCACAACCUGUGAAUAUGAGGUGGUGGUUCUGACACCGCUGCUCUGUGACCACCCAAAAUACAGAUUCAAGACUUCUCCAGUCAAUGCCAUCUUCUGCCAGGCAUUGUCAGGCUCUCCUCUUCGACCCCAGCGGCUCACAGAGCUGGACAAGGAGCGAGAAGAGCAGCUCAAACCGCCUUUUAGCAGCAGUGCCCCUGAAACCAAAGAGGAUGAGGCAUCUCCAGUGAGAGAAGAGGCCUUUACCUCCACUCACAAACCCAUGACAGUUGGAGGGCAGACCCAAGUCACCGUGGGAACAACGCACAUCUCUCGUCUAACUGAUGAACAGCUGAUUAAGGAUUUUCUUAGUGGCUCGUACUGUUUGCAUGGGGGUGUAGGGUGGUGGAAAUAUGAGUUCUGUUAUGGCAAGCAUGUCCAUCAGUACCAUGAGGAUAAAGAACAAGGAAAGAACAUUGUGGUUGUAGGGAGCUGGAAUGUUGAGGAGCAUAUUGACUGGGCCAAGAAAAAUGUAGCUCGAUCCUACCAGCUUAAGGAGGAUGGAGUUCAGAAAGUCAAGUUAGUUUCCCACUUUUACGGACAUGGGGAUGUCUGUGAUCUGACAGGCAAACCAAGACAAGUUGUUGUGAAACUCAAAUGUAAGGAAUCAGAAUCUCCGCAUGCUGUUACAGUGUAUAUGCUGGAGCCUCAGACGUGUCAGUAUGUGCUUGGGGUGGAAUCCCCGGUUAUAUGCAGAGUUCUGGAUACAGCAGAUGAACAUGGACUUUUAUCAAUAUCCAGCUAAACUAAAGGGAGUAUAUCAAAGAACACUGGAGAGGGAACAGAAGAUUGGAGGUCAAAGUAAUCACUCUUUGGCUAACUCCAUAAAGCCAAAUAUGAGGUGCACCAACAUAAGCCCAGAAGACUGUUUGAGCCAAUGAUCCACUGCAGCAGAGUAACCCUGCUAACUGAUAGACCGCACCUCACACCAAAAGUUCAUCACCUCUGCUUGUUCUGUGCUUUUCCUAGUAUAUUAAUGUGAAGGAAUUGAGUAAAACAACUAAUCCAUAAAUUUCAGGGGAAUUACAAUUAUCAAAAGAAAAAAAAAUAUGUUUUGUUUUGAGAUGAAAAGCUACUUUUCAGUGGCAGUUUGCACUUGUAGAGUCAGGAAGCAGCAAUAUGUGCUGUCUGUUUUUGCUGUAUGGUUGAUUUUAACUUAUGUUGUUGAGUAGCAGAAGACUUUUUUAUUACUGAAGUUACAAAUGCCUGUGGAUGAUGGAAAGAGUAUUUUGUUUUUAUGCAAAUGCACACUGGGAUUCUGAUGAGCUGUAUUAGAGAGAUAAUCCAACUGAUUUGAAUUUACUAAUAAAAAAGCUCAAAAUCAAAA